AUGACAGAAGCAGAAUAAACAUUUUACGUCUCUCCCAUUGCCAAUCCAAUAGCCAACAGCAAAUUAUAGAAAGGACUUCUUAGAUUUAUUGCCAGAUAAAUAACCAUUAAACAUAUUAAAAGAGGAGUGAAGGAAGUCGGAAAAGCAUUGAGAAAGAAGACCACUGGAAUUGUUGUCUUUGCUGCUGACAUUAGUCCCGUAGAUGUAUUGUCUCAUUUACCACUGUAAUGCGAGGAAUUAGGAAUUCCCUACAUUUAUGUGAGAAGCAGAUUAGAAUUAGGGGCUGCUGCAUAAACUAAAAAGCCAACAAGUGUCGUCUUGGUCUAAGUACCAACCAAGGAUGACGUGAAAGGAUUAGAAAAAUAUCAUGAAUUGUUUGACAAAGUCAAGGAAAGCAAUCCCUUCAUUUGAUAAUUUAUUCAUUUAUCAAUUAUAUUAAGAAUAAAGCUUAUUAAUUACGAUC